AUGGAAGCCAAACUCUCCUCCAACGCUGCUGGAACUUCCAUUUACGACGAUUCAGAUGUAGAGAAUUUGUCCUUCACAUCUGGAACAACGGAUAUGCGUGACGAAGUCAGCUAUUGGUUUGGUCAGAAAUACUUCGAGUGUGUCAUCUCGCAGCAAGUCCUUCAAGACUGCGGUCCCUACGACACGCCCUCUAAAGUGGAUUCCCGACUGUUCCGUCACAUGCAAGAUUUCCCAUAUGACACGUGUCUCUCGUCACUCGCUGAGUAUCAGCCAAUUGAGCGGUCGAAUCGUUUUGAGGUGUCAGCAAGGGAUCCCCGCACAAGGCUACUGGUCCUGGUAGGUUGGAUCAUCCACGAAGGGUCUGCGCGCGCGAAGCAGCAGAUGUUGCAGACCGUGAGAUCCUUUUAUCGGGCCCAAAAAGGCAGCAACGCUGUGAAUAAUCACGGGAUGAAGGUUGGGGCCGAACCGUUGUACAGUAUGGAACAGAUAUCAUCGGAUCCUGGUCUCUGGAAGACGAUCUUGUCUUUGAAGGGCUGUACGUUUGAAGAAAUGGAUCCGAGAACGUCGUUGAUCCAGGAAUUUUACGGAUGUCUAGUCUUGCUAAGGCUAUUGACUCCGAACCGAUCGAGAGUCGGCUCGGACAAGUCUGUCGACUUAUCAGGCCCGAGGCGGAACGAAUGGCACAUCUUCCUGGACAGCCUGGCUUGGUUGGCCGACCACAAAUGCGGUGGGAGAACUGUCACAGCCAUCGCUGUCGAACCCUCCCCGACUGGACCAACAUACUGGGUUGCCAGUAACUCGCCCACCAGGCCAGAGGUGCUCCAACAUGUGGAAAAGUUGCUGUCUGCUCUGCACCACGAAACUCCGUUGGAUAAGUCAUCGGCGGUGGAGCUGAUCCGAAAGAUUGCACGCAAUUCUAUCGAAUUUUCUGGUCUCCGUGUUCGAGACUACGGCCAAAAAUUGAAGAGCACCAUAGCUGCCAUUGAUGCGAAAGAGCCCCUGGUGACACUCGGUAAUGGCAUCGGACCCUUCCGACUAUUUUGUGGUCUUUUGCUGAUCAUGGUAAAUUACACAGAUGUGAGUGAACAACAGCAUUUGGAAUCAUUUCUGGAUCUUUCGAGAGAUCCAGAUCGGUUGAUCGAUUUAUCGAUGGAACUCAAACGAUCUAGACUCCUCGAGCGACUCUGUCAACUGAUCCAGGCUUCUGGAGAAAAAGCUUUGUGGAUUGAAGUGCGGCACCUGUUGGGUAGAUUAUGUUCCUGGGUUCGGGCAGCACGCCAUCUCGUCCUCACGUGCGAACGCUUCCGCGACCGCAUCAAGAAUGCUCGAGUGAGACAAGCCGACAUGCCUUCCAUCGGUUCGAAUAAUUUUCAGCUACCUUGGAGUGAGCCUGUCGAUAUUCUGCGCGCGUUGAUGCCGGAAUUUCAUGGUUCCCGACUUGAGGAUGCAUUAAAUGCCCGUCAGAACGAUAAGGUGGUCGAUCGAAUUCUUCGGUGUCUUUCGAAAAUGACAACGGGCGAAUUUCGUGCAGGUCUCCAUGCAGAGGCUAUUCUGCUACACCACUUCUACCUGCGCCGGCUCGACUUCAUCGCGGGCGACCGCUACAUAGGUUGCAGCAAGCCGUCUUGCUACUGCUGCGACCUAUAUCUUCGCAAGCAUCCCGCUGGAGUCCAGCCACGCUCAAGUCACGGUAAUGUAUGGAUUGGAUGGGCAAUGCCACAACUUUACGCGGAGUUGAUUCCGGGCGAAGAGAAGGUUUUGCAAGACGUUGUGACCAUUGUGAAGUUGGAUCUGCACUAUCAGAUCAUGUCUGGGCCGACGCUAACGAGGCGACCGCCAGACUCUACAACAGGAUUGGGAAGCACAGAACCUAGAUCUGAUCCCCACUGA